AUGUCCUAUAUGUGGCAUUGCUUCAAAAACACUGAAAGGAGUGAGUCACUUGAUGUUGCUCAAAAUGCACCAGAGUUACAAGCCAAAUACCUUAUACCUUCCUCCACUAUUCAAAUGAUUGUGGAACAAAUAGACAGCCUUAACUCUGUGUGCCACCAGUAUGUAGUUGAUCUACUUCAAGGUGCUCUGCAAGCAAAUACUCAGUUGAGAGAUAAUUUAGGGUCCCACCAAAUUGGAGGUUUCACAGAGAAUUUCAGUGUGUCCACUUACUUCUGUAGAUAUUGUUUGGCAACUAGAAAUGAGCUCCAUGAUUUGCAAAAAUGUGCCCCACCCAGAACAGUGCAAAACUACAAUGAGGCAGUACAAGAGCCUGGCCUCCCACCUUGUAUUGCUCAUGAUGUAUUUGAAGGAGUUGUGGCAUAUGACCUGGCCAUUUACAUCAAGUACUUUGUGAAGGUGAAGAAAUUUUUCACCUAUAGUCAGCUAAACCGAAGAAUCAAACAGUUUAGCUAUCAUGGAUCAGAUGCCACGUCCACUCCUUCAGUGGUUGCAGAAAAAGGAGAUAAAUUAGGUGGCAAGGCCGCAGAAAACUGGUGUCUCCUGAGGCUUCUUCCUAUUCUAAUAGUAAUGGAUUAUGUAGAUGAUGAUCUUGCCAAUUUCGUUGGCUUUGCACUGCAAAAUUCAAGUUCAAAAGACCUGGUGUUGGAGGCUCUUCAGAACUUAGGAGUGGGAACCCUAGAAGACCUAAAAUAUGUCCAGGAGCCUGAUCUUGUUAAUGUCCUGAGGCCAAUUGAAGUUAGAAAAUUCCUUGCGCGGAUUAAAGCUUUGUCUGAAAAAGAUGCCAGUGAGGUUCCUGAUCUGCCUGCCAGAGCUCAGCUAAAUGCAACGCCAUGCCAAGGGCAUACAUCUACAUACUGUGUGGAUAUUUCCAACUCUCCUCCAUCCACAUCAUCAAGUGAAGCCUCAGCUUCUUACAGACAUACUCCAGUGGACAACAACUGGCACUUCAGUUUUGAAAUACCCUGGAGUAAAAUUCCAUCAGAAAUUACUAGAAAGCUGGAAAACAAAGAGAGGCCAACUGGACGUGAAAGACGGGAACUAAUUCGGCUGAUGGUAAGUGAGAUCCUGACCAUCUGCCCUACACCAGGAAAGAAACAUCUCAGUGAAAUAGCCAGGAAGAUUGUUGCAAUGUAUCCUCAAUCGUUCAAAGAUGUUAUUGAAGAUCAAGUUGUAGGUAGCGGUUAUGACUCCCUUACCAAACAGCUGCAGAGUAGAGUUGAUAACAUGAAAAGGGGCAAAAUCUCACUUUACCUGAAAAGACAGACAUCCAGUGCAAGUGAGGGAGAUGACACACCUUUCAAGAUUAAGAGAGUAGACACCUACGGCUGUAUAAAUUGGCAGCCAAAGCAGCUGCCAGAAGGUGAAACUGAGGAAUCUCAAAAAUGCAUACAAGAAGAAUUAAAGACAAUGCACAAAAACAAAUGCAAUAACACCAAAGAUAUUGAAAAAAAAAUGAUGGAUACUUUCUACAAUCAGAGAAGGAACAUAAUAAGUGGAAUGGAUACACCUCUUCUGGUAGAAGAGUGGCCAUAUCUGUUCGAGAUGUGUGGAUUAAUUAUUCACUUCAAAGAGCUAACAGGACUGGAUGUUGAUAGAGAAGCUGUUUCAAGUAAUGUAGGAGAGUCAUUUCAUACCUAA